UAUCAUAUCAAAUCUUUAUCUGUUGCUGCUUUAAUUUAAUCUAUUCUGCGUAUAUACAAUGACAUCUAAUAUUUUGCAAAAUGUCAAUCCAAAACUAUUUUUAAAAUGUGAUCAGAGGUUGAUCACUGACGAGGAGCUUAACGAUGAUGUUAGGGAUUUAUUUGACGAGAGAGAGGUUUUUGAUUUAAUUAGGAACAUAAAUGAUCCUGAACAUCCACUGACAUUAGAGGAGCUACAUGUAGUUGAUAUUGAUAACAUUAUGGUGGACAAUGAUAAUAACAGGAUAGAAGUGUUAUUUACACCUACCAUCCCUCAUUGUAGUUUAGCUACCUUGAUUGGUCUAACGAUUCGGGUUCAACUACUUCGUUCUCUUCCCUCUAGAUUUAAAGUGAGAGUGAAAAUUUCUCCUGGGACUCAUAAUUCAGAAAAUGCAAUCAACAAGCAACUUGGGGAUAAAGAGAGAGUUGCUGCAGCAAUGGAAAAUUCCACACUUUUGGAAACUAUUAAUAAUUGUAUUGCCACCGUAGAGAAGACUACCAAACAAUUUUAGUAUCUUUAAAACAAUGGAAUUUAAUUAUACUGAUUUUAAACUGUAUUUGUACAUAAGGUAAACAAAAAUAAAUAUUGUUUUCUAUUUCAUCAAAUAUGUCUCAAAUAUAUAUUUUUAUUUAUACUCUGUUUU